AAUGUAGUAAAUAAGAAAAAACUGUAUCAAUAAAAUAAUUGAAAAAACUUCCAUUAUAAAUAUAGGAAAAUUACUCAACCAACAUGUCUGGAUUAAUAUAUAAGCAAGUUCUGAGUGAAGUUGUGCUUCAAAAUGUUGUGUCAAUAAAUGAAUAGAAAAUUUCUUAAAACAGAGCAUAUCUUCCCUUGACGGACUUUCUACACCUCUAGUUCCUUCUACUGUUUAAAAAACAUCUACAAUAAGAAGAUAAUAUUUAAAUAAUAAUAUAAUAAAAUAAAAAUGGAUAAAUUUCUACAUGCGAAUCCACUGGAAGCAGUGCAGUUUGUAUCCAUUUUUAGUUACUUGAACUCACUCAGUGAUUUCUUAUUUCUUGAAAAGUAUUUAAUGGAAGAGGAUCAAAAUAAACAAAUCCCUGUGGUCAACGCACUCUAUAACUAUUUAGAAGAUAAUAAUGAUAAUGAAGUAAUGAAAGUCAGAUUAGUAAGAAAAUUAUUGCAAGGCACUGACCUAUAUGGAGAAAAUAGUUUUGAAAAAUUGGAUGUAAUCUUUGUAAAUGCAAUGUUUGAGUAUAUUAUUAGUUCUCUUGUAUUUGACAAAUAUGAGAAUAUUUACGGUUUUUUAGCAGGCGUUGUUCAAGAAACUAAAUGUUUUCAAUUAAAUUCUUUGCUCUAGCAAAUAGUGGCUAGUCUAAAAGAUGCGAAAUUUGAAAAUGAGUAUGGCGAAAAUUCCAAACUUUCUAAUUUAGCAGUAGGGAAAAUAUUUACUUAUAUAAUACUGCCAAUAUUUCCUCAAGCUAAAUCUGAUUUUAAUAUUUUGUCUAUUGAUUACAUUUACGCGCAGGCCGGCUCAAUAUUCCUUCAAACUGGUAGACCAACUACUGCUUUCUACGCUGAGUCGCAGGACUUCAGUAAUGCUGACCAUCAUCAAGAGAAAUUAUUUGAACAAUAUUUGGCAAUGGGUCAUCUUUUAAGAAAUACCCUAAACAGUAAAAAUAUACAUUCUGUAAGCUUUAAAGCUUUUGCUCUCCCAGCUCUUUUUUAUUACGUUUACCUUGAUAAGAAAAAUGUUAGAAAUGUCAUCUAUGAUACUAGCUUCUGGAAAGUAGCGUUUCUUCAGUUUUAUUCAUAUCUAGAUGGAACUCUUAAUGAAAUAAAAAGCAAAUUUGAGAAAGAUACCAAGUAUCAAAUACACAAUGCGUUAUUAGGUUUUAGGAGUUAUCCGGCAGUAGCUAAAUCCAUUCUAGAUAUUCACUGCAAACACCUGAAUAAGAAAGAAAUAAAAGAGACUGUGAGAGAAUAUUUGUACUUUCCAGGACACUCUCAAUGUGGAAAAGAAUAUUUUUUACCGAAUCUAAACGAAGCGUUUAUGCAUAACGUGAACAAAGUAGCUGACAUGUAUAAAAUUCAUGAUAUGAAAAUAAUGCAACAAUCAUUCGGAGAAACUUUUCUAAGUUACUUAAAUGACAGCAAAGUAGUUAUACAAUUAUUAGCUCCGGAUGAUAAAGUAGUUUCAGGUGUAUUUGAUAUUAAUACACGAAUAUCUUACGAUUUGAUUGUUAUUUAUUAUCCUAAGAAUUCGACAGCAGAUUUCUAUGCAUUAAUUAGAAAAAAUUACACUGUGACAUUAAUUAAAGAAGCUGAUGAUCCUACGGACUUUCGACUAAAAACUGGCCUGAGUGUUGACAUGUUAUUGAGUCAUCGGUAUCAUCGAGUAAAUUUAAAGUCAACCAAUCAGACUAUGGACGUAUUCUGGGAAAAUUUUAUGACCUUUAAAGUAAAAAGGUUAACAUCUUAUCUCAAGCAUUCUGGCACAGAUCUUUCACUAGGCGAAUGGUGGAGAGAAUUCGGGUUAUCCUUGAUGCCGUUCUAUUCGUGCAUUGAAAAACCAGAAAACACAGAAACAGUUAACAAAAAUUUCUGUGAACUUGAUGAAAUAAAUUUUUUGCAUCAGUGGGAUGAAGAUAUUUCUUUUGAAUUGACCAACUCAGACAUAAGAUCUUUCUUGAAAACAGUUAGCACAACAUUUAAAAGUGCCCAACUCUUUUUAACAAUUAGUCAGAAAUAUAAUGUUACUGCAGCAAAUGAAGAUAUUGAUGGCCUUAUGGAAAAACUUGUAUUGCAUAUGGAAGAACCUGGAUUUGAUCUCACCUACCUGACUGAAGAAGAUAUAGAUUUAAUGCAAACCGUCAUUAAUACUCUAAAACAGGGCGUUAAUAAUUCCUUCUCGUUUGUAAUAAAUAUUCUUAAUAAAAUGAAAAUAUUUAAAAAAAGUAACUAUAAAAUCAUUGGUCACAUUCCAGAGAAACGGAAUCAAAAUGUGUUUAUUAAAACUGAAAAUGCCAAUGAAGAUACUGGUUAUGGUUAUAGAUUUGCCUUUUUGUAUAAUUACACUGUACAAUUACGAACUGAUUAUCAAUUCAAAAAACAAAUAUUUGCUGCACCUCUAAAUUAUGGAACAGAUGUUGAAAAGAUAUACUUUGAAGUUAAUUUUAAAAAUGAGCAAACUGAAGAGCCUACACGUAUACUGUAUGACAGGAACAAUCAGCUUCAAUCUGUAGUGGCUAGAAGAUGGUUUGCAGGAUUAUCUGUACAUGAAUAUAAUAUUAGAGAUUGUAACAUUGAUUCAAUACCUUUAGUGAGUUGUACACGACAUGCACGUGGCAUUCGUAAAAGGUGGAAUCUAGAUGCAUGUAUAAAAUUAGCCUUGUCAAGGAACGCGAAUCUUACACACGAUCAGGUAUUGGAAACAAUAGGAAAAUAUACAUUUCCAGAUAAAAACAGCAUUUGCUUACAAUUCGUAGAAGAGUGGACAAAUAAUACGAAUUUAACAAUUCCCGCGUGGGGCGAACAAUACAUAAUAGGUAACUCCCUUCUUCUUUCUAAAUUAAGAUACCAAUUUUCUCUUGACAUUAAUAAUUUAUCAGUCUUUAAUGGCACGUUCAGAAUUUCUUCAAUUUAUACAUACAGAGAAAGGAAAAGAAUUGGAAUUGAAGAACCAAUGAAGAAUAUAAUUAAAGAUUUUAACAAUCAGCAGACAAGUUAUGUUGCAACAUUUGAAGAUUUCUAUGCCAUACGAAACUUUGCGACAACUGGAUACACGAGAAUAACAAGAGAUACAUUUGAAGCGAAACAAAUGAAAACAGCAUUAUAUAAAUUGGCAAUAAGGCAAUCCGACGAUCCAGACGAAGAAUUUGACAAAGAAUUAUUUAAAUUUGAAUCUAAACCUGAAGAAAUUGUUGAAAGCACGUUAACUAUUGGAAGACAGAUUACUUUACAGAAAUUUACUACGACGAUAGUAAGUAAAGAAUCCGCCUUGACAUUGGCCACAACUCCGGCAAAGGGAUUUAUAAAUAUUUUGUAUGAAUUUAAACUUCCUACUCCCUAUGUAAGAGCAAAAAUAAAAGAAUCAUGUUUGACUGUAGAAAAUAUAGUAAUCCUUUUACCUGGAAGUAAAUUUAGAAUUGAAAGUAUUGAAACUGUACUUGGUGUUUUAAUUGUAAUUUUAGAGUAUGUGCCCAGUGAAAAUGAUAAAUAUAAUUGGUAUAAGAAAAUUAUGAAACUUUUUAACAAAGUACGCUAAUUUGGUUUUAAGAAAACCCUUUGCAUUUUCAGUGUGAAUCUCUGGAGCAAUGACUGACAAUGAAGUUGUAAAAACACUUCUUUAUGUAUCUAUUUAAUUGUAGCUUUAAUACUAUAUCUUAUUUGUUAAAUUUAAAUGUUAAAAAGUAAUA